AAUUAGUUAUCUAUAGCCAUGGCUAACUCUUGUGUCCUUCCAAUUAGCAUACUAUGCUUCCUGGUCCUUACAACCGGAGGCUCUGCUUAUAGACAAGCUGGCCAACAACAGCAAGCGCAGUGUCGCAUCCAAAGCCUCAACCCUCUUGAGUCUGCCAGGCGCAUCCAACAUGAAGCUGGUUACACCGACGUUUGGGACCAAAACUCUGACCAGAUUCAGUGUGCCGGUGUGGCCGCCUCCCGCCACCUCAUCCAGCAAGGAGGCCUUCUCUUGCCUACUUUCAGCAAUGCCCCUUUGCUAGCCUAUGUUGUAAAAGGUAGAGGAAUUGUUGGCACCAUAAAUCCAGGCUGCGCAGAGACGUUUCAAUCGAGCGCACAAACUGAAGUUGGAGGACGAUUUGGCUCUCAAAAGUGUAGGGAUCAACACCAGAAGAUCCACCGUUGCAGAAAAGGAGACAUUGUUGCCUUCCAAGUCGGUGUAGCUCAUUGGGUCCAUAACGACGGCAACGAAGACCUUGAACUCAUGGUGGUACACGAUACCAGCAACAUCGAAAACCAGCUCGAUCAAAACCUCAGGGUAACUAACAUAUAGCCUAUAAA